GAAGGGGGUGAAAGUGUCCGGACUGGAAGGGGGGGGAAAGUGUCCGGACUGGAAGGGGGUGAAAGUGUCCAGACUGGAAGGGGGGGAAAGUGUCCGGACUGGAAGGGGGUGAAAGUGUCCAGACUGGAAGGGGGGGAAAGUGUCCAACUGGAAGGGGGGGAAAGUGUCCGGACUGGAAGGGGGGGAAAGUGUCCGGACUGGAAGGGGGGGAAAGUGUCCGGACUGGAAGGGGGUGAAAGUGUCCGGACUGGAAGGGGGUGAAAGUGUCCGGACUGGAAGGGGGUGAAAGUGUCCGGACUGGAAGGGGGUGAAAAGUGUCCGGACUGGAAGGGGGUGAAAGUGUCCGGACUGGAAGGGGGUGAAAG